CUUUUUUAAAUCGGUUCAUUUUCAUAUACCACUCCCUUCCUUCUGAUCUUAUUGAUAUCGGUCGUUGCUGACAGAUAUUUUUUUGGGGUUUUUCAUUCUCAAUCAUCCCUGGAUUUUCCUUUCAAGCAUACAUCAAAAAAUGUCUGUCCUUAUAUUGGGUGGAGUGGGGUUCAUUGGACGUCAUUUCGUGCAUUAUCUUGUCGCAAACAACCUGUCCAAUGAUAUUCGCGUCGUCGAUAAAGUGCUUCCGGAAACCGCUCUCUUAUCCAAAAAGCAUCGCGACGCCUUCACUAGGGUCGAGUUCCGUCAGGCCAACCUGACUCGUCCCGAUUCUAUCAAGGCCAGUUUUGACCGAGACGAUGGUACCGAAUUUGACUACGUUUUCAAUUUUGCAGCUGAAACCAAAUAUUCCCAAGUUCCGGAGGUUUACGAAGAACGCAUUUAUCGCGUAGCAGUCAAUUGCGGUUACGAAGCAGCAAGACGAGGUAUCAAAGUCUUUGUGGUCAUGUCAACGGCGGAAAUCUAUGACAGCGGACCGACAGCUUCAACCGAAACUUCACGAAUCAAUCCAUGGACGAUUCCUGCAAAAUACAAAUUCAAAGCAAAGCAGGAACUGAAAACAAUUCAAGGAUUAAACCUGGUCAUAUUGCGCCCUGCCAUCGUAUAUGGCACUGGUACCACCAUGGGUCUCACGCCACGAUUGAUCAUUGGAAGAAUUUACAAACAGCUGGAUGAAAAAAUGAAGUUGUUGUGGUCCAAAGAUCUCAAGCUGAAUACCGUCCACGUGUUGGAUGUGGCCAGAGCGUGCUGGCAUGUGGCAAGGUGGUAUAUCGAGAACGCCCCGCAUGCGGAGCUGCCCAUUUUCAACUUGUCAGAUAAGCAAAACACAGACCAGGAAACCAUCAAUGGCUUCUUGACUCAGAUCUUUGGCAUUCGCACCGGUUAUCACAGCAGUUUCAUCUCGGCGUUUACAAAGCUACACUUGGAUUCGGUCAUCAAGGACAUUAAUCGCAAACAUUUGCCGCCUUGGGCGGAAUUGCUGCAAGCUUCCAAUAUCCAGGGAUCACCUCUAUCACCGUACCUGGACAAGGAACUGCUAUACAAUCAUGAUCUGUCCAUUGACGGGUCGAAAAUUGAACGCGUGACAGGAUUCAAUUAUGUAGUACCGUACCUUACACAAGAAAAUCUAGAAGAAAUCAUUCAAGAUUUUCAAGCGCUGGACGUUUGGCCUAGAAACUGAGGAUGGGUGGACUUGUAGUUCCCCUCAAUCCACACUUUUUAAAGUUUGAUUAUGCAA